AUGAGCGCCUGCAGCAGGAAGGCUCUGACUUUGCUGAGCAGCGUCUUUGCAAUCAGCGGCCUGGGUCUACUGGGAGUGGCCGUCAGCACUGACUACUGGCUGUACCUGGAGGAGGGCGUCAUUCUGCCUCUGAACCAGAGCACGGACAUCAAGACGGCGCUGCACUCGGGCCUCUGGAGGGUCUGCGCCCUCGCUGGUUAUCAUCUCCUUCUUUCUAAAUUCCUCUCCUCAUUUCUGCCCCUGUCCUCUGUAGGGGACGAGUCUGGUCGGUGUUUUACCAUCGAGUACAUCAUGCCCAUGAACGUCCAGGUGACGUCCGAGUCCACGGUGAACAUGCUCAAGAUGAUCCGCUCAGCCACUCCCUUCCCUCUGGUCAGCCUGUUCUUCAUGUUCAUCGGUUUUGUCCUCAGCAACAUCGGGCACGUGCGACCCCAUCGCACCAUCCUGGCCUUCGUCUCUGGAAUCUUCUUCAUCCUCUCAGGUCUGGCUCUGGUGUUGGGCCUGGUGCUGUAUAUUUCCAGUAUCAAUGAUGAAAUGUUGAACAGGACUAAGAGCAGUGAGGCCUAUUUUACCUAUAAUUACGGCUGGUCCUUUGCCUUCGCUGCCAUCUCCUUCCUGCUCACUGAGAGUGCGGGUGUCAUGUCCGUCUACCUGUUCAUGAAGCGCUACACAGCCGAGGAGAUCUACCAGCCUCACCACCCCAGCUUCUACCGCCCUCGUCUCAGCAACUGCUCUGGCCACUCGGGCCAGUUCCUCCACCCACAGGCCUGGUCCCGUGGACGCAGUCCCUCAGACAUCUCCAGCGACGCCUCGCUCCAGAUGAGCAUCAGCUACCCUGUCCUCCUCAAAUGCCCCGACUACGACCAGGUCUCCUCUUCACCCUGCUGA